AUGGUUGGCCUGCAUCUCUGUCUUGGAUUAUUUGUACAAGUUCUGAUGGCAUCCGCCGCCCAGGAUCAGAACCAGAUGAGCAUGUUCUGCUCCGACGACGACACUCCGGCAUGUGCCCAAAGUCGGAACAAUGGGAUGUACUUCUUGUUCAGCAACGAGUGUGACCUGCGAAAGGCCCAGCGGGGCAACCUCAUGAAUGGUCCUCUAAAUGACGUAACUCUCCGUUAUUGCUUUCCCAGCUGCGAGUUUGAGUGCAGCUCCAGAUACCAGCCAGUUUGUGGGAUCAGUUCGAGGACAGGGAAACGCCAGACCUUCAAGAGCCGCUGCGAGAUGAUGCGGACCGCCUGUCUCUCCCGGUCGGACUGGCUUGUCCAGCGGUGGGGAGUGUGUUUCAAGGCCAACACGGUGGCCCAGAGUAGCCGGAAGCCACCUGUGGCCGUGCCCUGCACCAGGAUCUACCGGCCUGUGUGUGCCAUGUACGCGGGUGUCAAGUCCACCUUCUCCAACGAGUGCCUGGUGAACGCGGAGAACAUUAAGACCCGGAGAAAUUGGCGCAUCGUUUCCGAGGGCCUUUGUGGCGAGGACAGCACCAAGAUGAAGCACAGUCGCAAGCAGAAGCCGAAGGCCAAGCCCAAAGUGGAUGCGGACCGCACGAAGCGGAGCCACAAAAGCAGAAGGUUGUCCACUCAGGCGGAAGACUUCCAGAUACCGGAGGACGCCGUGCAGAUCUACGCCCCCUCGACCUUCCACACGCAGUUCAUCAGCCACACGGGCGCCAUGGAGAAGAGCUAUUCGCUGCCCGCCAGGAAGCCCUACGUGGUGGUCGCCCCCAAAUCGAAGGUGCGACGGCUCCCCGCGAAGUCGUGCGUUUUCGGCAAUGAGCCCGUUUGUGGCAGCUUUAGGGGGCACAACCGCACCUUUUCCAGUGUCUGUGAGCUGAUGGAGUACAGCCAAAAAGUCGGAAACGCAUGGACCAUUUCCCACAACGGAGCCUGUCGUCGCUGUGACAAACCAUGUCCCACAGUCUAUCAGCCCAUUUGUGCCACUCGCAAUGGCAUCGAUCACACGAUCAUCAACGAGUGUUAUCUGGAGCGAGUGCGCUGCAAGGAUCCAAACAGCAUUUGGAAGCUAUCCCAUAAGGGUGAAUGCCUCAAGUCCAAGCGCGAGGGUUCCAAGAGAAUUUCCCCUGAAAAAAGUCGGCCACUAACUUUGGUGCCACGCGUUCUGUUUGGGAUGAGUAAAAGGAACACCACCGCAGCACAACCAAGAGCUGGGAAAACUACAUUGAAAACCACAACCACUAAGGCUCCAACCACACCACAUAAACAUCGCCAGAUGGAGAAAAGGACUUUCAAGGCCACUUCCCCUUCCCUUGAAGUAAACAAUCGCAAAAUACGCAAAACAGAGCUGGCCACUGCGGGAUUCUAUAGAUCUAGUGGCUCGAAUCACGUGCACACAGAUGAAGACGCUUCCUGGUCCUCCAAUGACAAUUGGCUGGUGCGGAAAACUCUCGAUAAUGUCAAGGGCUUUUUGGCCAAAAAGCCAACAUCUUUCGCGAAGGCGCGCAGUGAGAAGAACCCACUCUAUUACUGGACUGUCCCACCGACAGGCACCACCAGUACAUUUAGUACCUCAAGGAGCACCACCACAGCAGCACCACCAUCGAAACUGCCUUCCAUUUUGAGCAUGGCGUCCACGGAGCUGCUUAAUUUGGAUAUUGGAAAUGCCGCCAAUGUGUACGAGGAUGCUGAGCCUGAAUUGCUGCUUGUGGGGAUCACUAAAGAAGCCACAUCAACCACACCUGUUCCAAGCACCACUGAGCCGCCCAGCAGCACCCAGCCUUCGAGUUCGGAAUUACCCACCACCAGUUUGGAUACCGCCUCCUCCUCGGCGGAAACCACUGGUGAAGACUCAACCACUGACUCGGAGGAGACAAGUGAACCGCCAACCACCAGAAUGGACUCUAGCACCACAGCCGCACCACCAUCUUCGACCACUGAAGCCGCGGAAUUGAAUAGCCAAACCACCGGCAGCGAGUCGUCAAGCACCGUGGCUUCCAGCGAGCUGGCCACAACCACCGUUAACGCGGACUACGCGGCGGAUGAGUCAUUUUCGGAGUCCAGUGGUCAGACCUCCAUCUACGGGCUCGACAAGAACUCUCUGAUAAUGCGAUUGUUACGAGCUAGAAGUAAUCAAAACGUGCUCAUUUAG